AAAAGGCUAAUACUCCGAUACAGCAAACCACAGCACUACUAAAAAAGUAGUUUGACAUAUAUCAAAAACAGUGAAAAUAAUUUCUCCUGCACGCUUGUUUGUCCUAAUUUUUAUAAUAUAUCACAUGCAAUUUAUUGGGAUUCAAAUAAAAGAUGAGCAUUAGUUAAUUUAAUUUAUGGUGUUGAAGUGAUAAUGUGAUGUGUUAAUAGAAUUCGAAAUGGAGACAAAUGCAAAUCAGAAGGUGUCGUGCGUGGUGAACUUCGCGUAUGACGCGUCAGAGCCUGAUGAGUUGACAGUGAGGCCUGGUGACGUCAUUCGUGACGUAGAGCGGUUACCCGGUGGUUGGUGGAGAGGAGAGCUGAGAGGUCGCCGCGGCAUGUUCCCUGAUAACUUUGUGUCUAUACUCGAACAUGCUAACGUAAGGCCGACGAGGGUGCAGGGCCAAUGUCGAGCAGUGUUCAGCUAUCAGCCAGCGAAUCCGGAUGAACUGCCUUUGUGUGUUGGUGACGUCCUCGAAGUCCUUGGAGAGGUAGAGGAGGGUUGGUGGCAAGGUCGUCGACAAGGCCGAGUGGGGGUGUUCCCCUCGAACUUCGUUGUGAUGUUGGACCCACGAGAUCCACCGCAGCCAGCGCCACCCUUCGAACCGGCGCCGGCGCUCCCGCCAAAACCUGUGAAGGAGCUAUGUCGCGUGCUGUUCCCGUAUACUGCGGUGAACGAGGAUGAGCUGACAUUGUCCGAGGGUGACAUUGUGACGAUCCUCUCGAAGGAGGCGCCCGACCGUGGCUGGUGGCGCGGGGAACUGAACGGGCGUGUUGGUCUCUUCCCUGAUAACUUCGUUCAAGCUUUGCCUCCGCAAGUAUCAACAGAGUUAGAAGAGAAGAAACCAGAGCGACCGCCGGCAAAGACUACGAACUCUAUCUACCCUAUAUUGUCUAUGAAACACAGUGAAAAAACGGCCUCUGUCAAGGAACAUACAUCAUAUAAAAUAAGUUCGCACAAAGAGAAUUCGAUAAGUAAGGAGUCGAGUACGCAGAGUACAAUCACGCACACGAAUAAAACUGAGUCGGAAAAGGUUAUACACAGCGAGACGGUCAGCGAGGGAACGCUAGAACAGGUGAAAAAACCUCCAGUGCCAUUAAAGAAAAGUCCCACGCCCACAUCAGGUGUGGGCAGUCUGUUCAGUGGACUUAAGAAUAAAAUGUUAUCUUCGACUGAAAAAGAGAAAUCCUCAUCAACAACAGUGUCGAGUAGUGGCAGUAGUAGCGGCGGUGAAUGGGACCGACCAGACGGCGCAGCCCCAAGCAAGACUGUUGUUAAUACAACUAACAAUAACACGAACACUUUCGACCACAUCGAACGGAACUCCCUACUCAACGACCCUCGAGCUGGAAGAGUAAAAGCACCUCGACGUCGGCCGCCUAGUCAAGCACUCCGUGAAGAUACGCCAUUACAGUUAGGAUUAAGCAAUGGACACGAAGUUCCAGUAGACAAGCCACCAGAGAAAGCGGCGCGGACCGAGCAACCAGAGUCUGCGGAGGAGAUCAAACCUCGUACUCGAGAGUGGGAGAAACAUAAGGCGCCGUGGAUGGAAGAACUCAAGCUGAACCAGGCGAAGAAGACCAGCUUCAUAGCCGACGGCAAGUCGAGGCUCUCGGGACCUGAACUUGGCGCCAGUAAAGCCGCUAGUGGAAGUACAGACAGAAUCCUGGACUGUGGUCUAGAAGAAAAGAGAUCAACUCAUUCUAUGGAAAUGUCUAAAAGCACGUCGUCGAUCAGCAGUCGAAUGUCAGUCAUGGAGAGUUUUGAGGAGACGAAAGUCCGUCAUUCGUUGGAUUCUAAGAAGGACGUGACGCCGGCUCCCCGCGACACUGAGUCACACGCCGUCAAACCGAUACAGUCACCCACUGCUGCAGGUCGAACAAUAAUGUCAAUGCUGGACGAUAUUAAGAAGCCCCCAGCACCUCCGCCGCCUACGACAGCCCCUCCCCCAGUGCCUGGGACGGCGCCCCCAGCAGUUCCCCGCGCCGCGUCCCCGCCGACCUCGACCCCGGCCCCCACCCCCGCCCCGCCGGCUAAUCCUGCGCCUAUACGCUCCGCCGUAGCCACACUAUCAGCUCACAUCAUCACGGACAAGUCAUCCACUAAAACCGAGAAAUCCCCCGUCUCCGACAAACCGACCGAAGUCACCGCACUCACUCGACAGACCAGCAAAACGAGUACCAUCGAGAGAAUAGAAAAGUCUCUAGAAAAAGCACCUUCUGCUACAGCAACUGGUGAUAGUAAACCCAGCACAGGAACGCUGGAAAGGCGAAUGCAUUCUGUUAAGUCGGAAAAAGUUGAAUCCAACGACGCGUUGAUUGCGCAGCUCAAUAAUAGGAUAACAAAUCUGGAGAAGCUCAUAGAAGUACAAAACACAGUUUUCAACACGGCCAUCGAGGACUUGAAGGCCAAGCUGAGCCAGGAGAGCGAGAAGCGGCAGGCGCUGCAGAGCGAGCUGGAGAAGCUGGCGCACUGCGUCACGCACGUCUAGCGACUGCCGCCGCCGCGACCCAUGCAUUCACGCAGGGACUACUCCUCCUACCUACACUUCUAGGCUCCCGGCUCUCGGCGCCCCCGCGACUUCGGGAAUACUCACUCUAGAUAGGUACCACACAAUCUAUCAAACGUGAUUAUGAAAUCUACUAGUAUUAUAGACUAUAAAAUUAGGCCUGGUAUGCCAGUUCCAAAGUUCAGUGAUUAUUCCGAAUUCGCGUUCGUGGUGAUAGGUAUUGCGCAGUGUUUAGUCCCAGUCGUGAAAGACUUCUCAGCUGAUACGUGGAGUUUUGCGGCCGGCCUGCAGAGUAAAUGGCAGCGUGUUCACUCGGCCGCUUUGUCUUUGAAUUAUAAAAUUUUUGUAAGUCAAUACUUUUCAGCUUUUACGAUAUUCAAAAUGGUGUAUUAAAUUGUAAUGAUUUUUUCAUUGACUUGAGCGAUGCUACGGAGCUCGCUUAGUGAUCGAGG